AUGGCUAAGCUAGCCAAUUUGGCCGCAGCAUCUGGCGCCGAAGCCAUACUCGUCAAUGUUGUUCUUAGCGAAGGCAGAGGAAGGAUCGAGCCAUCAUGGUCGCUGUUGUGGCUUUCGCUACAGCUGUUUCUUGUGCAGUCAUGUCUUCUUGCGCUGUGGGCAGUCCUCGUCUACCCCAAUUUUCUCAGUCCAUUGAGGCAUCUGCCCGGGCCCAAAAACAAUUCACUGCUGAUGGGCCAGUACUACAAUGUCAGCAAGCAGACUCUGUGCGAUCCGUACAGGGACUGGAUUGAAAGUAUCCCAAAUGAUGGCUUGAUCCGAUACAAAUUCAUCGUCAACUCUGAACGUCUUUUGGUCACUUCGCCGAAAGCUCUCUCCGAAGUUCUUGUCUCGAAGAACUAUGACUUUGUGAAGCCAAUUCAGCUCCGGCAGGCCCUCAGCAAAGUCAUCGGCCAGGGUAUUAUCCUGCAGGAGGACGCAGAACAUAAACACCAGCGAAAACACAUGGGGCCUGCUUUCUCCACCCUUCAUAUUAAGGCUCUGUACCCUGUCUUUUGGUCCAAGGCGAAGGAGCUGGCCGACGUGCUUGCUUUGAGCAUCAUCCGAUCAACCUCGGACGGCGGACUGAGCCCAGAAAUUGAUGUCGGCGAAUGGGCUGCUCGAGCGACACUAGACAUCAUAGGCAUUGCUGCCAUGGGCCAAGAUUUCGGGUGCAUUCGCGACCCUGACAAUGAGCUGUCUACCUGUUACCGGGAGCUACGCAAUGUCCUCCUUACCAAGACAACCCCAGGUGUCAAGAUGCUCUUGUCGAUGUUGUUGUCAUCUAGUGACCUACGUUUAGUCAAAGGCAACGAUGACGGCCUUGAUGCAGGCGGAGCGUCAGUCCGACGCAUUGCCCGCGACUUGGUACAAAAGAAGAGGGAAGCGCGCAAAGCUGGCUCGAGCCCCGGCAUUGAUAUUCUGUCCAUCUUGCUUCAGUCAGAUGCCUUCAGUGACGAUGAACUGGUGGACCAAGCUAUGACAUUGCUCAUGGCUGGACAUGAGACCACAGCCGCCUCCAUCACCUGGGCUAUGUACGCGCUUUGCAGAUUCCCGGAGGUUCAGGCUCGACUGCGCCGAGAGAUUAUGGAAGUCUUCCCCUCGUUUUCACACGGUAAUCUUGGUAACGACGGCAUAGAUGCCAAGGGAACAAUUGAUCGUCUGCCUUAUCUCUCGGCUGUUUGCAAUGAGGUUCUCCGGCUCUAUCCUCCGGGGCCCCGAACGAUCAGAAUGGCCAAGCACGAUACCAAUAUCGUGGGUCAGCACGUACCGAAAGGUACACCCAUCAUUAUCAGCCCCUGGGCUAUCAAUGUAAGCACUGAAUUAUGGGGUCACGAUGCAGCACAAUUCAAGCCUGAAAGGUGGAUGGCGCCUGGGCAGGCUACCACAGGAGGUGCACAUGGCAACUACGCCUUUCUUAGUUUUCUGGCAGGCCCUCGGUCAUGCCUGGGGCACGCUUUCGCAAGAGGGGAAUUUGCGUGCAUCAUAUUGGCCUGGGUUGCUCGCUUUCAGGUGGAGUUUGCAGACCCGAACUACCAACUCGAGGUCUCCACCGGCUUGACCAUCAGGCCCAAGUUGGGUUUUUCCGUUCGUUUGACACCAGUCAUGUAG